CAGAGGUGACAGUAACAUGGACCAAACUAAAACAGCUCAUCUAUGUCAUUCCCUGCAGACAAGAUUUCGUACAGGUUUGAUUCGAGCCUGAAGCAUCUGUGAGAAGAUUAUCCAAAACCAGACAGCAUGGAGACUCUGAAUUCCUCCCACCUUGCCAACUUCAGCGGUGGUAAUAACAUCGGCCUCUUCUCUGAGAGCCCGUACUCGGCCGUUGAGAUUAUCCUCAUCAUCCUCGUGGCUGGAUCUCUGAGUCUGAUCACCGUCAUCGGAAACAUCCUGGUCAUGCUCUCUAUAAAGGUAAACAGGAACCUGCAGACUGUCAACAAUUACUUCCUGUUCAGCCUUGCCUGUGCAGACCUCAUUAUUGGCCUCUGCUCCAUGAACCUCUACACGGUCUAUAUUGUGAUUGGCUACUGGCCUUUGGGAGCAGUGGUGUGUGACCUGUGGUUGGCUGUCGAUUAUGUUGUCAGCAACGCCUCAGUCAUGAAUCUGCUCAUCAUAAGUUUUGACCGUUACUUCUGUGUCACCAAACCGCUCAGCUACCCAGCGCGCCGCAGCACCAAGAUGGCAGGUCUGAUGAUCGCCGCGGCCUGGGUCCUGUCCUUCAUCCUAUGGGCUCCAGCUAUUUUGUUCUGGCAGUUUAUUGUAGGGGGGAGAACCGUGCCGCCAACUGAGUGCUACAUUCAGUUCUUCUCCAACCCUGCGGUGACAUUUGGGACGGCCAUAGCAGCUUUUUACCUGCCAGUGGCCAUCAUGAUCUACCUCUACUGGUGUAUCUCCAAGGCCAGCCGCAGCCGCAUGAGGAGGGACAGCAGGAAGACCUCAGGUACCAGUCUGGGAGAGGGCCCCUCUCACAGCCAGGAGGACGGAUGUGAGAGCCAGAACAACUGCAUCACAGCAAGAGACGCUCGGGUGGAGGCUGGGAAUGAGAAGGAGAAGGAAAUGCUGCAGCAGCAGAACGGAAGCAGGCAAUGUCAGGAAGAAAAGAAAGACCAGGUGGACUCCACAGAAGACAACGCUUCAACGUCUAAGGACACUGCAGUCCCUGCAUCAUCGAGGAACGGGUCAAACGAGGAGAAAAAGACAAAUCAAACACAGCCACCUUCCCCAGAGAACUCAGCCGCAGACAGGCAAAGUCUGGCCACAAGGACGCUGUUUAAGGUGACAAAGCAGACUGCUGUUGCAAAGUGGAAAAGGAAGGGCAUUUCUUCCAGGGAAAAGAAGGUGACGCGCACCAUCAUGGCAAUCCUGGUUGCUUUUGUUGUCACCUGGACGCCGUACAACGUGAUGGUCCUGAUCAACACCUUCUGCUCCGUCUGCAUCCCAAACUCCCUCUGGACCAUUGGCUACUGGCUCUGUUACAUCAACAGCACCAUCAACCCGGCCUGCUACGCGCUGUGCAACGCCACCUUCAAAAACACCUUCAAGCACCUGCUCCUGUGCGAGUACAAGAACAUACGUACGGCACGAUGAGGGCGAAGAUACUGACUUUUGUUUGUGAUGGAGGCAUAAUAAUGUAAUAAAUAUUGUUAAGUGAGAUGACAAGUAUUGGAGUGAACAUAAUGUUGAAAUAUAGACUAGGUGCAUUCUUAUUGACCAUUGCUUUUGCAAUGAUACAAUGUAUUCCAACUGCUAUUGAAAAGGCAUUUACAUUAGUUGUACCCCACCAUUAACAAUUUAAAAUACAUGCCAUUGUAUCAUAAUUCUCAAGACAAUGCAUUCUGGUGGUAUUGCAGUUCAUUGUGAAAAAGUAAGUUUGACUAAGCUUGUGCAGUAUGUUGUUUGAUUUGCAACCCCUUUUUACCUGGUAAAAUUGUGGUUAAUGUGAUGGUUUUGUGACCAGAACAGUGAUUUGAAGAAUAAAAGUGUGAUUUUCAUAUAAGAACAGGGAAGUAUACUAAAGAAUGAGUCACUGAAAUAUGACAGAAAGCGUUCAGACUGACAACAAGAUGUGAACUGAGAAAAAAAUGGAAUAAAACUUCCUCUUAAAAUUGUGUAAAGAAAAGAGAGAGUAAAGGUGUAAAAACUGCUGUGAACUGGUAUGUCUGAGUGUGUGUGCAUGUUUCCUGUAAGGUUAGACCUGUCAUAUAUAGAUCAUGAUAUCCUUAAUCCACGUUGUUAUAAAAUGAGCCCAAAUGUGAUAUUUGUCCAUAUCUUCCCUCUGUAAUGUAUCAAUAUAUG